AUGUUGUCCACCCAAUUGCAGAGAAGGUUCUUGCUUUCCUCCUUAAGGGGAGAUUUAAGAAAAGUCAGGUGUUAUGCAACCAAAAAGCGGUUCUAUACCAGGACUGACAUUGUGCAGAAUGAAAACAAAUGGGAAGUUAUUUUAGACCAUCGCAAACUGAAGACCCCAAAUGGUCAAGUAUUUAAUGUAGAUACAGAAGGUCUAGCUCGUGCCGUAGCUGCAGAAUGGGAUGCACAACAGGACAUAAUUGCACAGCCUACAAUGCAUUUGACAGCAUUGUGCAAUACAGCUUUGGAUAAUCCAGGAAAGUUAACUAAACAUGACAUUGCUAUCCAUUUACUGGAAUACUUUUCUACGGACACAAUUCUUUUCUUUUCUGAUGAGGAAAAAGAAUUACAGCUUCUUCAAGAAGAAAAAUGGGGACCAUUGUUGGAUUGGUUUGAAAAGCGAUUUGGUGUAAGACAAGAGGUGUCAAAGGAUCUACAGCCUCCCCCUGUCAGUACAGAAACAAGAGCUGUCUUAGCCAGACAUUUUCUUUCAUAUGAUUUCCCAGCCUUAAAUGCUAUGAACUUUGGAGUCGAGGCUUUGAAAUCCCCCAUAUUGAUGCUGGCUUGUGUUGACAAAUUUAUACAGGCAAAAGAGGCGGUUAUGCUUGCUAGACUAGAAGAAGAAUACCAGCUGCAACGUUGGGGACGUGUACCUUGGGCUCACGAGCUCAAUCAAGUGGAACUAACCGCACGUGUGGCGGCAUCCUUACUCAUAAUUCAAAACUCAACAGAACUGCAUUUAGAGAAAAUAAAAAAAUCACAUCAGAUAGAACAUAGUUAA